UUCAUUGGCCAAGAAAUGUGGAGCGGAACUGGUUUGAUUAAGCUGCUCAUCGGGCCUAUCCUGAUGGUAGCAUCCUCAUCCGCCCAAGGCAACUCUUCAAAGAACGUUGUCUGCUACCAGGGCACUUGGUCCGUUUAUCGACCUGGUCUGGGCAAGUUCGGCGUGGAGGAUAUCGAUCCGUUUCUAUGCACCCACUUGAUCUACGCCUUCUUGGGCAUUGAGGAGACGGGUCAACUGCGGGUGAUUGAUGCCUAUCUGGAUCUCGAGGACAAUGGCGGCCGGGGAAAUAUCAAGAGCUUUAACGCACUCAAGCUGAAGAAUCCCGUGCUGAAGACUCUGGUGGCCGUGGGUGGUUGGAACGAGGGCUCCAAAAGAUUCUCCUUGGUAGCCAGCGAUCCCCUGAAGCGCGCCAAGUUCGUGGACGAUGUGGUCAGAUUCCUGCAGCGCCAUGGAUUUGAUGGCCUGGAUCUCGACUGGGAGUAUCCCGGCCAGCGUCACAGCCUGGAAAACGCGGAUCAAUCGAACUAUAUAACGUUUUUAAAGGAGCUGAAGGAGGGGCUGGAACCCUUUGGUUUCCUGCUCACCGCGGCUGUGGGAUCCGCCCAGUUCUCCGCUGAAAUAUCCUACGACAUUCCGGCCAUGGUCCCAUACUUGGACCUCAUCAAUGUGAUGGCCUAUGACCUCCACGGACCUUGGGACCAGGUUGUAGGCAUCAAUGCUCCUCUCUAUGCCGCUGAAAGUGAUUCCAACGACGCCACCGGUCGGCAGCAGCAGCUCAAUGUGGACGCCAUAGUCAAGUAUUGGCUGCAAGCAGGUGCUCCGCCAGAAAAACUGAUCGUAGGAGUUCCCUUCUACGGACGCACCUUCACCUUGACCACCGCAGAGGGCAACCAGCCAGGAUCUCCGCAUAUAGGAAGGGGAAUAGCGGGCAAAUACUCCCGUGAACCGGGUGUCCUUGGAUACAACGAACUCUGCGAGCUGAUGCAGCAGGAGGAGUGGACCAAGAAGUGGGAGCCGACACAGCAGGUGCCCUACGCCUUCAGGCAGCGACAGUGGGUGGGCUACGAGGAUCCACGCAGCCUGUCACUCAAGGCGCAGUAUGUGAUGGACCACCAUCUGGGUGGCAUUAUGGUCUGGUCCCUUGAAUCGGAUGACUUCAAAGGCACCUGUGGUCAGCAGACCUAUCCCCUCCUGCACGAAAUCAACCGAGUGCUCUUCGGCAGUGAUACACCCACUGGCUUGACCCCCGAAUCCAGCAAGGACAAGCCCAGUGAGGGGUUCAGUUGUUCGGCUGAUGCCCCUGAAGGAUAUGUUCGUGAUCCGGACAACUGCUCCAAGUUCUACUACUGCAGUGGCGGCACGACCAACAAUUUCGAUUGUCCCAGUGGACUUAAUUUCGACUUAAACACAAAUAGAUGUAACUACUCGGGAUCAGUAAAGUGCUGAUCUUUAUUUUUACAAGCGAA